AUGACCUGUGGCUUCCGUUCUGUGGGUUCUGGAUUCCGCCCUGGAAGCUUCAGCUGCGCCUCUGCCUGCGGGCCCAGGCCAGGCCGCUGCUGCAUCACCGCCGCCCCCUACCGCGGCAUCUCCUGCUACCGCGGCCUCUCAGGAGGCUUUGGCAGCCGCAGCGUCUGCGGGGCCUACCGCACCGGCUCCUGCGGCCGCAGCUUUGGCUACCGCUCAGGGGGCAUCUGCGGCCCCAGCCCGCCCUGCAUCACCAGCGUGUCAGUCAACGAGAGCCUCCUCACGCCCCUCAACCUGGACAUCGACCCCAAUGCGCAGUGCGUGAAGCACGAGGAGAAGGAGCAGAUCAAGUGCCUCAACAGCAGGUUCGCUGCCUUCAUCGACAAGGUGCGCUUCCUGGAGCAGCAGAACAAGCUGCUGGAGACCAAGUUGCAGUUCUUCCAGAACCGCGAGUGCUGCCAGAGUAACCUGGAGCCACUGUUUGAGGGCUACAUCCAGACGCUGAGGCGGGAGGCUGAGUGUGUGGAGGCCGAUGGUGGGAGGCUGGCCUCGGAGCUCAACCACGUGCAGGAGGUGCUGGAGGGCUACAAGAAGAAGUAUGAAGAAGAAGUUGCACUUCGGGCCACAGCAGAGAACGAGUUUGUAGCUCUGAAGAAGGACGUGGACUGCGCCUACCUGCACAAGUCAGACCUGGAGGCCAAUGCGGAGGCACUGACACAGGAGAUGGACUUCCUGAGGCGGCUGUACGAGGAGGAGAUCCGCAUUCUCCAGUCCCACAUCUCAGACACCUCUGUCAUCGUCAAGAUGGACAACAGCCGGGAGCUGAACAUGGACUGUGUUGUGGCUGAGAUCAAGGCUCAGUAUGAUGACAUUGCUACCCGCAGCCGGGCGGAGGCUGAGUCCUGGUACCGCACCAAAUGCGAAGAGAUCAAAGCCACAGUGAUCCGGCAUGGGGAGACCCUGCGCCGCACCAGGGAGGAGAUCAAUGAGCUGAACCGCAUCAUCCAGAGGCUGACAGCUGAGAUUGAGAAUGCCAAGUGCCAGAACACCAAGCUGGAGACUGCAGUGACCCAGUCUGAGCAGCAGGGUGAGGCUGCCCUCAACGAUGCCCGCUGCAAGCUGGCAGGGCUGGAGGAGGCCCUGCAGAAGGCCAAGCAGGACAUGGCCUGCCUGCUCAAGGAGUACCAGGAGGUCAUGAACUCCAAGCUGGGCCUGGACAUCGAGAUCGCCACCUACAGGCGCCUGCUGGAGGGCGAGGAGCAGAGGCUGUGUGAAGGUGUUGGAGCUGUAAAUGUCUGUGUCAGCAGCUCCCGUGGUGGGGUUGUGUGUGGGGACCUCUGCGUGUCUGGCUCCAGGCCUGUGACGGGCAGCGUCUGCAGUGCCCCCUGCACUGGGAAUGUGGCAGUGAGCACUGGCCUGUGCGCACCAUGUGGAGGAGGUUCUGUCUGCCAGGGGAGGUUCUAAGUGGCCAGAAAAGAGAGAGCCAGGGAAGCUCCUCCCUUCUGCCCAAUGUGCCUCUGCCCCCAUCCCAGCUGAGAUCAGCAGUGCUUUCUUGGGUAGCUUUCCCCUUGUGUUCCAAGAAUACACCACUCAGCCCUCUCCACCAGUCACUGCUCUGCUGAAAAGGAGCAGCUGCCAGGAUGGACCCAUCCCUCCACAGCUGCAGGGCAUUCUCUUCCCAAACAUGGGGGGGUUCCUUCUUUCCAUGCCUCUCUUGCCUCUGGCUGUCCAUUUCCCAAUAAACUGGGGAACCUGCUA